UGAUAGGGACUUUUGGACAUCGAGGGUGCUUGCCUGGAACUCAGCCAUGAACCCAUGACGCUGUUGUUGAAUUCUUGCAUGAUGAUCAAAAGCUUUUUCAAGGUUAUUUCCGUCGUCUGAGGGCCUCCAUUGCCUGGUCGGAAACAUAUAUAAAUGCUCUCGUCCUACCCAUCUCAAUGACUUCACUCUUCACCUUUGUUGUCAACAGCAACAGCAACAAUAAUAUCACACUUCCCGUUACCAACGACGCAACAACCAGACAGUUACCAGUCCACAACGACAACAUCAACACCAAAUCUCCAACACAGCCAGCAAUAUGUGCCUCUCCGAGACCGACAGUCACAAACAGAAGAGAAUGACUAGUGAAAGCCCCCGCUACAUCCCCAUUACCACUACCACCACCUCCUCCUCCUACAGAUCCGACCGUUCCACCACUCACUUCGACGGUCCCAACACCGGAAGCAACACCAUCCGUAGCGCCCAUGAACUCGUCCAUGACACUCACCGUCUCGAUAAUCCCCAGGACCUCUACCGCCAGCACCGCAAUGAGCACCUCGACUCUACCACGGUCGGCGGCAGCCUAGGCCGCUCUUUGAGUGGUACCUCUAGUCAUUCUGCUCGUCGACCAGAAACAAGUACCAGAGCCAGACGCAUUCUGCAGGAGCACGCUGCUGCUGGCCAUGGCCAUGGCCUUGGUCUGACUGGCGGCAUUCGUGCUCGGGAUGGAAGUGGUGGUGAUGAUGAUAAUGGCAUGGCUCUUUCUUUUGUUGACGGGGGUGAUGAUAACUACACCCACGUUCCCUUUCCCACUCACGGUGGUGGUAGUUCCGGUCUCGGUACUAGUCGCGGUGCGCCCGCGUCGUCCGCUAUUAACCUCCCCAUCCGUAAUCACGGCGACCGCAGCGGCCAUCACCCCUACUCCAACUCUCACUCUCGCUCUCACUAUGACCGCGGCACCGAUACCGGCACCAUCCGCAACCACCACCACCGCGAGCGACACUCCCUCCACACCCCCCGACCACCGCCGCCCAGAGAACCCAAAGAGCGCACAACCACUUACUUUGUCCAAGACAACAUCCUCAUGCGCAUUUCUUCUAUUUCCCACUCCCACUCCCACUCUUCUGUAUCCCAUGCCCACUCUUCCCACUCUUCCCAUGCCCACUCCCACUCCCAGUCGGGUACUCACCACCACUCCUACCCGACCACCAUUGACAACAUGAACGAUCCCAGCGGCGACAGCAGUAACUCCAACCCCAACUUCACCAGCCACAACACCUCCGACUCCAUGUCCACCGAACACAGAGGCGGUGGCAGCAGCAGCGCCGACCACAAAAGAAGGAAAUGGUACCGUGAUCGAAUGGCAAGGAUCAUCCAGGAUAUCGAGCCGGGGUUGCCUCCUCCUCCUUCUUCUUCUUUUUCUUCUUCAACUUUUUCUUCUGGUCGAUUGGGUAGUGGCGGUCGUGGUGCUGGUGCUGGUGCUGGUGGGUACAAUUACAUGUAUCCUGGUAUGGGUAGUAGUGCUUUGGGAAGUGGCGGUUCUGGCGGUGGGGGAUAUGCUGAUACUGAUACUGGUGCUGGUGCUGGUGGGUAUGGCGCCACCAAUGCUCGCGAUAGUGGCUAUGAAAGUUUUCCUGGGAGUCCGGGGGGUUCUUUUGGUCGUGGACGUGGGCACUAGGUUUAGGUUUAGGUCUACCAUGGGUCAUGGUCUAGACUUAACAUCUAUUUAACGAUGCGUUCCGCCCAGAACGCCUCUACCGAGGGUGAGAGACAUUGAUCUGACGGAUGGAUCCAGAAUAGACUCAGACCAUUCA